AUGGGUGACAGGCUACAAGCCAAUACGCCGAAAGAAAGUGGCGGCUUGGUAAGUCUUGUGCUCUCGCACCUAUCGAUGUUGCUUGUGUUUAUUUCCCUUGUUGCUCGUUAAUAGCUCUGCGCUUAGGAAAACAAGUCUGUCGCUGGGAGAGCUGCAAUAAUUGAUAUAAUGUGUGAUCGUUUCUAGCUAAAUCGCAUCACAUCCAUGCGAAAGGAAAAGAAGAGAGGUCGAGAUAAGGACAUCAACGGCCACAAGGCCAAGGAGCGUCUGAAGAGCACACAAGAAGAGCCAAUUUUUGACCAGGAGAUGGAGGAGGAGAUAGAACGAAUAAGACAGCUACCUCCAGACGAAUUCUCCAAAAUGUUUGAUAAGAUGCUGGUAUGUACUAAAUCGCACUACUCUAACCUUGUUCGAAAAGUUAAGAACUGGAGCGCGGUGUAAUGCUAUGAUCGAGCUGAGAUAGCGGGUAUAUAUGCCUACUUUCAAACUACGUUCAAGAAAUUGUUGAAUUGUUUUCAAAAUACUCGGAAGGUGACUGACCUUUUAUUUUACCCGGUUGGUAAUACUUGGGUUCUAUGAUGACCCACGAAUCUCCUUAUACCCUCUUUACCCUAUAUUUCAGACGGAUAACGACUUGUCACAACUUACUUUGAAAGUUUACCCUGCGUUUUCAUGAGUCCGAACAGUCGUCGAUAAUAACUCGUUCAUUUAAGUCACGGUAAAACGUGAUGACAGUAGAUAUUUAGCAACAUUGGACUGAUUCAUUAUUUCAAAUUAAUCGAUACGCUACAUCUGUUCAUAACAUCGGGAUUAAACGAGAUUUAGUAAUGCUACUGUGCAUUUCACAAUGAAGGCUGCGUUUAGUUAUUAUUCGUACUUGUUAUUGCUUUAUUCAUGAUGCAAACUACUAAUCAGCCAGAUUUCCGACGGUGCUAUGAUCUAAACAUGAGCUGAUUUGAGAAGUAAAAUAUAUCAGUUCAUCAUGUGGAAUAUUCAUAAAUGAGCUGUGGUUUCGAUCACUUAUAAUUGUACAAUACCGUCGGAUAUAGACGAGUAACAUUCGUCUUAAAAAUAACUGCUCGCAUAUUUAUGGUACAAUAAGCUGUUGCGGGGGGGCAUUUUGUCUUAUAUAGAUUAGAAACUGGACAAAAGGCAAGGCUCUGCUAAAUAUUGGUACACAUAUUUUUUGACAAAAUGGGUAGGAAAGAAACGCUCCAGAAGUGAUAUAAUAAUAUUAUUGUUGUCGUCUUCAGCUGUUCAGGGUGGUAGCAAUGUCUUGCUUCAAUGACUUUGGAACAGUUCUGUCACUUGUUUAUACAUAUUUGAACUUUCUCAAAAGCUCUCAAACUGCUACUGUACGAAAUCUACUUUACAGAGUAACGAUUACUGCUCUUGACAAUUAAGCACACUCGAGAUCCACUGUACAUGUAGUACACUAGAUAUACAAGUAGGAUAACUGCUAAAAGUAUAAAUAAAGGAAAAACAAGCCACAACAACCAACAAAGAAAGGAAAACAGUUCAACGUAGUUAAAACCAUACCACUUUUAUGCUUGGUUGACUUCUACACCACUUUGCCACGCUGCUGAUUCCUGAUUUACAGGAAAAAUAUUUUUUAUCAUAUUUAAAACCAUUUUUCCAUGAAAUUCUGCGAGUACAUGUAGAUUAGGUUUAAAGCUGGUCGAGCUGUAUUAAUCAUGAAUUUAAGAUGAAGAUAUAUUUUAGGAAAGUAAGCUGUGAUCCGAUUUGAUUCUCACAAGGAAAAUGAAUAAAUAUAUAAGUAAAAGUACUGAAGUAUACUCAGCUUUUCUUUUUAUAGGCCACACAUUUUAGAAAAAGACCAUUGAAGACAGAGUAAAGUUAUUGGAAUCAAACGUUUUGAAUUGUUGUCUAAAGAUAAAAAUGGCCAAUUUGCAUAAAAUAGGGCUUAAAAUGAGGGAGUGACAUUUCACUUAGCUCCUAAAUUUCCUGGCAAGGGCAGGGCCAUGUCCCUCACUCCACUACCCCCCUUCCCCACAGGAAAGUACACCUCUGGUGCAUAUUUUUUGCCUUACUGGAAGCGAAUGGUCCCUUACCUGCUGAGCUAAAAUUUAGGGAGAACAUUGACCUCUUGUGACAGCAUCAGUUUUGACAGUCUAGGAUUAUGUCAACUAACUUGUGGCCGAACAGAUCCUUGAAACCAUACCAGAAUGAGCUCCAUUCUGUUAAGGAGGCUGGAGCAAAAAACCAUGUACAUGUAAUGUUGACCCGAAAAUGGUCAGGUUAUCUUUAUUUAUUUGUUGACUAUAGUGUAAUUUGUUGUUUGAAUUGUCUUGCAGGAUGACAUGAAUCUCUCAGAAAGUUUGAAGGAACCUAUUCGGAACAGAGACAUGGAAACAAAGGUUGAGAUGCUCUGUAACUUUAAGAGGAGACAAAUGGCCUCACAGGUAAGAUGCAUAUAUUUUCUUUGAAUGAGAAAAGGUAGCUGAGAAAAUCCUCAAAACUGCCAAAAAAAAGAAAAGAAAACAGGAUAAGAAAAACAGCUAGUAAUGACCAAAUGAAACUGAAAACUUAAAGGGACUAUGUCACAAUACUGCACAUUUGUGACUUGUCACAGUAGCUGAUUGUUUUUAAAUCAUUCGGAAGGGAGUUAGAUGCACAUAAGGAAAUUUACAUAAUUCAAAUUCAUUGUUUGGGAUCAGGGAGUACUUCCGGACAUUUGGUUUGAUUUUAUAUGUCCCCAUAAGGUAAAGGCGUGCACGAGCCAAAGGCCCAAAUGGCCAGAGCUUAUUUCUGGUUUCCGUAGCAUGAAGCAAACCUAGGGGUAUUGCUACUCCCCCUGGGACGGGAUGCUAGGCUAUCGCAGGGUUACCCCCCAGCAGUAUGUCUCUGGUACCCAGUUAUACACCUGGGUGAAGAGAGACAAAGUGGAGUAAAUUUUCUUGUCUAAGGAAAUAAUGCUGGCUGUUCAUUAGAUAGCCUGCGAACCGCAGACGCAUUUCCGGUCGUCGCUUCUCUCCCUCCGAAAAAUAGCGUCUGCGAACCCAAGCGACGAAACGAUUUCCGUGACAUAAAACCUUUUUAGCCAAUCACGGUUUAGCUCUUAAAAUCAAGGAACUAACUCGCGAGACUUCUCGCAGGAUCGUGCGCGAUGGAUAUGUUUUCAAGUCGAAAUUGAAAGGACGACGUGGCUUGUGUAGUAGCCGUCCUUUUUUCUCAGAACGACGCGUUUACGAAAGUUAAUUUGCCAGGAUUGUGGGACUGAUUGACGAAAUAAGUAUCAAGAGGAUUCAUAUCGAAGAAAAGAUUAGAGGACAUCUUCAUCUAUUUGCCUACGGAGUCAAUGAUUUAUCAGACGUAGUUGUUUUGAUCAUAUUCGAAACAAUAACUGUCCUAAUGACAGUAGACGCAUCAUGCCAUUUGUUGCUUCUGUUCCUUUCUGGUUCCUGGCAGGAAAGUAUGCCUUGGAGAACUCUUCGAUAGUUUGUCGUGUGCUGUUUUAGAUAUUUUGUAUUAGAUAUCCUUUAUCUUUGAAAGGCAGGACAUGUGGUAAUUGAUUUCCCAUGCGUGGUUGCUUCUUGGUUCAGAUAGAACUUUGAUCAGAUCGAAAGCAUUUUAUAUUUGUUCCGGUAUAUUUCUUUAAAUACAUGUUCUUUUCAAGGUCCUCAUUUCCAUAGUUUUUUGUGAGAUGAGUAGAAGCGUCGUAGCUGAAAUGUCAUUUUGACUAUGAUCUAUUUACUGCCAUAACUAUUUAUAUCACGCUGGGUCUGGCCCAGGGUUAUAAUAUUUCAGAUCAUUGUGUUGUGGCGAUACUAGAAUAUAUACGAGCGAUUGUUAGAGAUUUCUGUAUCAGUCAAUGAUGUGCCUGUAUAAUUGAUUCACCACCUUUUGUCAGCGCUGGUUAAAUUGAAAUAAAUAAGUCUGAGCGCGAUGUCAUUAAGCUAUGUUGCUUUCCUUUCGCUGUAGCGAUUAUUUUGUCCAGGUUUCGUUUAUGUCACGUACUACCGUAUUUUAUAAAGGGAAACCAAAGGCCCACAUCACAUACAUAGCUUAAGAAGCAGUUGCUUCAUAAAGAAGUCAGCAUUCAACGUUGCAGCAAACCUUGUUAUGGUCAUGAAAUUCACGUUCCAAAGCGUAUUUGGUAAUUCUCUCCAAAAUCCAAGACACUUCAGCGCGCGAGGUCGCGAGGAGUCACUCGAGCUGUAUUCUAUCCUUUGAUCUGAUUGGCCUACAUCAAAACAAGAGGUUUUACAUCACGGAAAUUGUUUUGUCGCUCGGGUUCGCAGAUGCUAUUUUUCGGAGGGAGAGAAGCGACGACCGGAAAUGCGUCUUCGGUUCGCAGGCUAUUCAUUAGAGAGACUUAAUCUUUCAAUGGGCUACAGCAUUGUAACUCUUAAGUUACUAUCUGCUUUUGAAUAAUGGAGUAUUAUUAAGCUAUUUUUAACCAGCUAGCUGUGGGGCGUUUUAACGAGGCUACCAAAUAUUUGGUGACUGGACAGGGCUGGGCUAGUGGGGAAAAUAUUGGUCAUCAUAUUUUUGCUUGGAGCUCAAACUGACCUGGAGACAAUGAGUGAAGUAAGGCUCUGUCAGUCUAACCCUUUCACUUGAGAAAAAUUACAUUAUAAAAUAACAUGUGAGUGUUUUUUUUUGACAAACAGAAAACAUCUCAUGCUGGCUUGUCGUCUCCAGAUGAUUAUAUUAAGGAACUUGGUAGAAAUGAUGUGUCAGGAGAGCAUCUACUGAAGUCACUACAGUCUGUCCGAGUCUCUCUUACAGGGAGACCACUCAGGUAUGUUGGGGGCCCUGGAAAACUUUAAUUUCUACGUUAAAUACAAGGCUAUCUGCAGGACACAGGGAAGCGGCAUGACCGAGUGGUUAGGGUGCUGGACUUGCAAUUCAGAGGCCCCGAGUUCAAGUCCCAUGCUGACCACUAGCUGGAUUUGUUCACAGUAGUACUGAGUUCAAAUCCUCGACCACACUUGUGAAUAGCCAGCUGGCUUGCCUCCUGCCAGUUGGGAUUCUUAACCCUGUUUAGUUCGAUUUGAAUAAUUAUUUGCUUCAGGCAUUUGCUCGGCCCCACUACCAGUAGUGCUAUAAAUAAUGCCAAGGGUAAAUAUUAUUAUUAUUAUUAUUAUUAUUAUUAUUAUUAGGACACUAAGAUUUCAAGUUGCUGGGUACAUGAAAUUAGUACACAGGGAAUUGAACAGCUGGAAAGUUUUUUUGGCCCUAUUUUUCAUGUGUUUCCUAUGAAAGUAACCAGGGUUUAUCUUCAUAGCAGCUGCGGGAAAUUCCCAGCUCUUGGCCCUUGGUGGCAGCCUUGUAAAUAUUUUUAUACUAUUAACUCUAAAGUGGAGGUCUGUGCCAUGAUUGGAGGGUUUUUUAAGUGCAAAAUACGGGGUUGGCACAGUCUUGAAAAGUCCUUGAAUUUAAGGGAAGUCCUUGAAAAGUCCUUGAAUUCUAUUUUUCCUUGAAAAGUACUCAAGUCCCGGUGCUAGUUCUUGAAAGUCCUGGAAUUUUCUUCAACUUUGAAUGUAGUGGCCAGGAAAGUGUUUUUUGACUGUCUCACGACUGGAAAUACUUCUGCAGUUGCAGGCUAUGCGCGUGUAUAAAUACAUGAAAGCUCAAGGGCCUUGAUUCUAGAGAAAUUGCAUCAUUGCCAGAGAUCAAAAUGGUGUGUCAUUUCAAUAAUCACCUAAAAUAAACUGCAUGCUCAUCACAAGACUCAUUUGCAUACAAUGAAAGUUUACAACACCUGACCAGUUAUCCUCACCAUCAAAGUUUUGCUACUUAAGAUUCUUCGUUUUUUUACCACUGAAGUGUUCACUUGUUCCAAAUUAAUCAAGCUUUCAAGCAAUAGAAUUUGUGACCUGACCUGUUCUGAAAAAACUCUUAAUCGCAUUAAUCUUUCCUAAGCUUUCUUCGCGAAACAUGUGUGGCUUUGGUCAUACAAUGAUUCUUAUUCCCAGUUUCCUCACUAAGUCUCUGCAAGGAUUACCUGGGACCAUGAUUCCCGUUUUGUGUACUAAAUACGAAGAAAAAACGGCUUGCAGAUUAUGAGUCUCACUGCUAUGCAAGCCAGACUAAUAAAUUUUCAUCUUCAUUCUAAAUGUUAUUCUGUAGUCACCAACUUAAUUCUCAAUACAAACUCCUUUUGUAGGCCACAUCCGAGAGUGCAGAUUAUAGUAGGGUGUGAGCUGAUCCCCCUUUAUAAUAUUGUCUUAAGUAGUCUUCGUUAAACUUAUAUUAACAACUGCGUUGCUUAGUGUAGGUGGGUUCCUGGGAUGUCCAGGGGUUUCCACUUUUGGCACAGCCAGCCCCUAGAUAGUGUUACACCCCCAUAACUGGUAGACCCACGCCCUCCAGCCAUAAGCCCCCACACCAAUGGAACCAGGCACCUGUCAAACUGAUUUAUUAGUGGAAAAAUAAAGGGAGGAGGGAUGGGGGUAAAAGAAUAAUCCAAAGGCUAAAUGAAGAGAGUGGCCACCAGAAAAAUACUGUACUGAGCACAUAGAGGUGAUGCAAGCAAGGCUGACUGCGCUUGAGCCAAAACACUGACUACUGACCACACCCGCCCCCCUCCUCAUUGUUAACUGUGUUAAAUAAAUUUAACUUCAUUUAACCCAUUUGCUCCUGGAGAUUUUGCCGAAAAACGCGUUUUGAAGCUAGUCGAGUGGUUUUCUGGUCACUGUUGUGCUAUAAAGAGCUAAAACUUACCACAAACCGUUUUACAGGUCGUACACUUCGCGGCCUUCUGAUCCAGAUGCAAAAUAUCAGCUUGAGAAGUUCGGGCAUGCGCAGAAAGCAAAAUUUAGGUUUAAAAGUGACACAGCAGUCUUGACUUUCACUUUCUCUCCUCCCUUCUUUUUUCACUUUUCUUGCCUCAUUUUUUUUUCUCUUGCUGGGCAUUUAGUAGGCUUUAAUUUGGUGGGAAGAGUUUUUAGGAAAGCUUUUAGGAUCUUAGGAUUAGGUGAAAGGAAAGGUAGGUGGGUAAUGGAACAAGAUUUUCAUUGAGAUUUUCAGGUCAAUGUCACGUGGUUUUUUGCUUCUUUCUCCGGUGUCCUUGACUGAAUUGUGCUCAUUCUUGCAUGGUUUGAAAGAUCUCUUCACUCUGCACAAGCUAGCGAAGAAAGUUGUCCUUGACCAUUGAAACUGAUGACGUCACAAAGGGUAGAAAGGACCUGGAUCCGCACAGGCGGUUACAGGCGGUUCAGGGGCGAAUGGGUCAAACUUAUGUUUAUGACAUUAAUUCAUUGUAAAUAAAAGUGAAAAAAAUUAGGUCUCAGAGCAAACAGUUUUUGUGUUGCCAAUGUCUUCCUCUAUUAUACGUUGCAUCAUGUUAAUGUCAGAUGUCCAACACAAAAGCUUCGGCUACUUUGGUCACUGUGCACAUAUCAACAAACUUGUAUAUGGUAUUUAUUUUUCAUUAUUUGUUAACCUACUGAUUCUGUAAGCCAUCUUAUACUGUAUCUGCAGUUUAUGUGCAUGAAAGUACAUGUAUGACAGUGUAUUGCCAUCAUCUCAAAUAUUCAUAUAAUUUUAUUCCUAAGAAUUUUUUUUCAAUUUAUAGAGGCCCUGCCAGGGGUGGGUCCCAUGUCGCCUGUCUGAAUUUUAAAACGUCUCGUGUCGGUGUUUAUAAAUGCUUAUCGCUUAUUGUCGGCUUUGCCGUCACUGUUGUGAUUUGGCCGGGGGAGGUUGUCUCUUGUCGCGAUUUCAUUUUACACACUGUCACUACUUUUUGGGCCAUGUUGCUUGUUGGAAUUUAUCCUGGCAGGGCCUCUUUAUAGCCAUAAUUAUGGCUCAUUUGGAGACUAACUAUUUUCUGAUUGUUUCAAAGCUGGAUCCAGGAGUUUGGUGAGAAUGGAAUGAAGAUUUUGCUCAAACACUUAAGAGAUGCUUGUGACAAGGAGGGAAAUGUGGAAAAAAGAAUACAGCAUGAAUGUGUGAAAUGCUUAAAAGCUUUCAUGAACAACAAGGUAAUGAUUUUCGUUUUCGUUGAUUUCGAGAUUCUUAAUGUUACUCUUUUGGGGGAGUGAGUGAAUGCUUCAAUUCGGAAUACAGUGACGAUUUCUUCAAUUAAAGAAGAAAAUGAAGUUGAUUAAGAAGGUGAAUGAGACCUUGAUGUAGACUGCAAAAACAUCUGUUUCUCCUCACUCUUUGCAGCUCAGGACAUUUCGCGCGGAGGAACGUCUGCGACUCAGCGCCAGAAAUUCCAUACUGAUGACGCAAAUCAAUGUUUACAUAAUAAAUCUGGUAGUCAUGGGGUCCCAAAUAUAAAUUUUUCCAAUUUUAUGUGUCCUCUGGUCGAUUUUGGUAAAGUGUUGUGUUCAUCUGCCAGAGAGCCCUAGCAAAACUCAAAUACACUUCUUCUAGAGAACACUAUAUUCCACAAAUAUUGACUGUUUUGUCAGAGAUUCUUUACAUUUACAUUUGACCUCUGUGGCCUUUUGUCUUUUUUUCUUCAAGACUGUCAUUCGUAAACAAUAGCUAAAACAAUGUAACUACUCUGACCGGAUUCCGGACAGAUUUUACCUCAUCGGUAUGGAAUUUCUGUCGCUGAGUUGCAGACGUUACUCCGUGCAAAACGUCUCUAGUGGCGAAGAGCGAGGAGAAACGGAUGUUUUCGCAGGCUAACCUUGAUGUUGAAUAGGGUGAUUACUAUUAUGGAGUGUGAAACAUUUACAUGGCAUGUUGAUUUAGCUUCUCUCCUGCUGCAAUCACAAUGGAAACACAAAUAUUAAUGAGAGGACUUUGAGAAAAAUUUCAAGGGAUAAAAAUAAAGAAUUCCAUUCCUCAUUUACCACAACCUGGAAAAGGCCCUGCCAUUCAUUUCUUGAGUUAAGCAUGACAAAAAAGGUUUUUGCAAGUGGAUUUUGUGUUUCUGGCAUGUUGUUGUAGUUAGUCUCGCUUGUGUAAUCAGCGAGUCUUAUAAUCUGCACGCGUUUUUUGUUGUGUUGAGGACAUAAAAGGGGGUAAUUGUGCCAGGCCUUCCUUGCCGAGACCAUGGAAACUGCGACUAAGAAUUGUUGCGUGAUGGAAGGCAUGCAUGUUUAGCGAAAAAAAAAAACUUAGGAAAGAUUGAAUUUAGAGCUUUUCCAAAACGUGUCAGUCCACAAAUUCUAUCACUUGAAAGCAAUUAUGAUUACUUUGGAACAAGCGAACACCACUGAGUGGUCAAAAAAAGAAGAAUCUUAAUAAGCAAAACUGCGAUGGUUGGGUGUUGUGAACUCCUAUUGUAUGCAAAUGGGUCUUGAAUUUCCGUGUAUUUAUACACACAUAUAGCCUGCAACUGCAGACGUAUUUUCGGUCAUUGCUAACGCGCGUACUAAAUCAAUUCAUAAACAAAUAAAAAGUAUUGGCGUCGAUAAAGUAGGAAGUAAAAAACCUUAAGCGAGUAGAUCCUAUUUCUUGUAGAAUUAAUCGCCUCCUCAUUUCUCGAUCUUAUCUCCAAACAAGCGAGACUGAAUGCGUAGACCUGUUCUUGUUCAGAUUAAAAUGGUUUCAUCAUAUUUUGGUUCUCAAUUUCUUUUGUCUCCUAACCCUUAUAAUCAAUUAUGAUUGUGAAUUAUCUCUGAUUCCUAGUUUAAAACCGUACUUAUAUGAUUUAAUUUCAAACUCAAACUGUGCCAUUUGGAUAUGCUAUAUACAGGGCUUCUGAUAUUUCGCGUGGUCGCGGACCCGCGAAAUCCCGCGAAAUUCCCAAAAUACCGCGAAAUCCGCCAGAAAUAUUUAAAAUUAUGUUAAUUACUUACAAAGUAUUACAUGAUCGAGCUCCAAUCUAUAUACAGGAACUCCUUCAACUGUAUACACCCAGCCGCAAUCUUAGAUCCUCUAAUAGAAAUUUAUUAGUUAAACCCUAUUUUAAUCUCAAUUCGUAUGGUAAACGAGCUUUUUCUGUUGCUGCUCCGGAACUUUGGAAUAACUUACCUGAGGAUUUUAAAUCUGCAAACUCAAUUAAUGAUUUUAAACGCAAACUUAAAAUAUUUCUUUUUAUGCGAGCUUAUGAAUCGUGAUGUUUUUAUUUGUUAUCUGAUUUUUUAUCUAUUGUGUACAUUUAUCUAUUUUGUAGUUAGCGUCUAGUUUUAAUGUCAAUUUCUUGUGAUUAUUUUUUUUCUUUUUAGUUCUAUCUAAUGUUUGUAAACAGCGCCUUUGAAUCUUGUAGAAAAGGCACUAUAUAAAUGGAUUAUUAUUAUUAUUAUUAUUAUUAUUAAAAUAUAUGAAAAAGAACAUUGAUAUAAUGAAACCUCGUUAUAGCGAACAAAUUUUGAUGGUACCUUGGCCCUUCAUUAAAUCAAGGUUCCACUGUACAAGGUAAAACACUGCUUCAUUUUGCCUUGUUUUUGAUUGUUACUUAUUGUUGAUUUUCAGUACGGUCUUAACAUGGUUUUUCAAAGUGAGGAUGGUCUGACCUUACUGGCAAGAUCAAUGGAUGCGAACCACACAAGCAUGAUGACUGAUGUUGUCAAAGUUAUGGCUGCUGUUUGCCUUGUUAAGUAAGUCACUCCUCACCAACAAUUUGGUAUGAAAUUAAUCAAAAGACGUGUAAAAGGCCUGGCCCUUUGAAUAUCCAUGCAUCCUUGAGACCGUCAUGUUAGGGGCAUAGCCUCCAUAUACGCAAAUACGCCCAUGUGUACAUGUAUAACAGCUGAAAUAUGGAAAAAAAAAUUUUUCUCCCUUCUUGGAGAAGCAUUCUUUAUCAUUAAACUGGCAUGACUGAUGUAUGUACAUGUAUCAGUGAAAUAUGGAUACUGGUGCCAGCCUUCACAGGUCAGGUGACCAACUGUGUCAAUCUUAUGAACAUGUGUUUUAAUGUUAAAGAAAACUCUUCUGUACGUAGAAUGAUGAAUACAAAUAGCAUAAUUUUAAGGAGCCCUGUUCAGUGUAAUGUUGUAGGUCAAAAUGACAUUCAAGUGGUAGAGUUGCCUGAGUGGGAAUGAAUUUUUCUGGAAGGUGGUAAAUUUCAUUAGUAGUUUUCAUUAAUUUUAUAUCAGUUUGCCAUGAGAACAUUGCAGUUCACUGUGGGGCCAGGAAAUCUUCUUCAAAACUGGGAGUUCUGUGGCAGGACUGGGGGACCUAGCAAGUGUGUCUAUGAGACCUUCCAUGCGCUACAAAACUUCUAAAUUGCACUUGUUACUAAAGCUAUAUGAAACAAGUGGCCUUCUUUUAACGAAACAACACUAGUAAUCAGAUAUGUGUUAAUUCCAGGCACGCGAAAGCCUUAGAAGCGAUCACCAUUUGCGGAGAAGUGGAAAACAGGGGAAGAUUUAGCAAAAUAGUUGAUGCUCUGAAUGAUGAUCACACGAAUCUAAAGGUAAACAUAUAUCCUAAAAAAACAUAAGUUUACUCCCUUUUGCCUCCUUUAACUGGUGUUGUUGUUGUUUCUUUUCUAACUUUAUGUAAUAUAUUUCUUCAAAAGUUGCUUGGUUUUUGGGUUUUCAAAUGUUGCAACAUUAGACAAGAAUAGACAUGUUGGUGCAGCAGAUGUUUCAUGGUUAUUAUUAUUAUUAUUAUUGUUAUUAUUAUUAUUAUUAUUAUCUCUCCAGGUAGCAUGUGUUCAGCUUAUCAAUGCUUUGGUCAGUACCCCUGAUGACUUGGAUUUUAGAUUGCAUCUGAGAAAUGAGUUCAUUAGAGAGGGCAUGACGGAACCUUUGCAGGUUUGUUUUCAACAGUGUUAAAAAAGCAAGGGUCAGAAAAUGGUUUUAAGAUUUUGGUGCAAUUCAUUUUGCUAUUCUCUUUUUACAUUGUUUUCUCUAUCUACAUUGUAGGAUCUUAGAGAUCUUGAAAAUGAUGAUCUGAAUGUCCAGUUGGAUAUCUUUGAAGAACACAGAGAUGAUGAUUCAGUUGAAUUCCAGCACAGAUGGAAAGACAUUACAAUAAAUUUUGAGUAUCCUUAGACACAGAUUGUGGAUAAUUUGACCAGGGUUCGCACAGUCUUAAAAAGUCCUUAAAUUUCUGUGCUAGUCCUUGAAAAGUCUUUUACCGGUAAUUUUCUUUGACUUUGAAUGUAGUGGCCUGAAAAGUUUUUUUAAAUGCUUUUUGGUUGUCCAAGACAGAAUGUAGAUCAUAGCUUAGAGAAUAUAAAGGUGAUUUACAUAACGCCUUUUGGGUUUUAAGAAAGAAUUAACUAUCAGUUUAAGACAAGUGAACUAAAAAAUGUAGAGAAAUUGAUGGCAGGGCUGCAAAUAAUUUCCCGGCUGGCGCCGGUCAAAUUGUCCGGUCAAACCUAUUUUUGCUCGGACAUAUCCCAUUUUUGGCCGGACAAACAUUGAUUACGUCUUAUCGCUAUAAAAGUACCCCCUCACCCCUUCACAUGAUGUUUAAAAUGAAACAAGUAAUUCACACCCAUGACUGGUACACAUUUGUAAGACCCGCUAAUUUGCGGUGACGACUUGGUGAAUGACAAAGCCACGACAGCCGGAAAUUUUGGUCUGGUAGUUAAGUAUCCAUCUUUUCCCCUCCUUUUUCACAAACACCAAUAAUAUUGAACCUUUAAAUAUUUAAAACUUGAAACUCUAAAUUUUUUCCUUACCAGCCUAGACGACCGGACAAAUUGUCCGGCCAUCUAAGGAUUUGACCGGACAAAACCUAUUUUUGACCGGACAUUGUCCGUUGACCGGCCGUUAUUUGCAGCCCUGUGAUGGAGCAAAAAGUUCAAGCCUUUAAGUCCUGUUAGCUUGGACUGGGAAUGUACAUUUCGGUACAAAUCUGUGACUUACAUUCCUGGUACGUGGUCCUUGAAAAUCAAAUGUGGUGAUUGAAAAGUUCUUGAAAAGUCAUUAAAAAUACUUAUAUUUUUUUUGUAUGAAUCCUGUUGACUAAACGUUUUGACAAGGGCUCUCGUUAGUAAUAAUUUCAUGAAAAAUCUGUUGAACUUAUUAUGAAAGAUUUAUGUCACCACUAUCAGUACAUUUAAGACUGAAAUGUUUGUUUUGUUUCCCCAUGUUAUAUAGGUAUUGGUUUAUGUGUAAAGUAAAUUUUCAUAUUUAAUUGCAAAGGCUAUGAAGUUUUUCUUGAAAAGUUUCUAACUCUGCCACUGCAUAAAUUGUAUUAUGGCCUCGCUUACUACAGCAGGCUUUCCAAAGUUGUGGCGAACUGCAGAGCCUGCAAGUAUUUUCAGAAAAUAUUCUACUUCGGCUUCUCUAAGGCAGCUUAAAAUUAAUAAACAGGCGCGUAAUUGUAUAUUCAGUAGGGACAUGUAUUACCUUGAAGACAAAUUCUUGGCAGUUGAGAAAUUCUGUUUAAAAACCUUAACAGUUGAUCAGAGAUCCAAAUGAGAUCUACCAGAUUCUAGUAAAUGUUGUUUCAGAUACACAGUCAGAGAGCAUGUUCCUUUCCAUUCUCCAACAUCUGUUGCUCAUCAGAGAUGAUGUUUACGCAAGGUAUACUUUUGUGUUUAUCUUAGAGAGAUUUAUAAUCAUGUGUACAGCAAAUGGUAAACGUCAAUUUGUACCACAUGACUUAGUUUUCCUUUUACUUGUCCUUUACCAUUCAUUUUUAUAAAUUAUCUAUGUAAAUGCAAGUGGUUUCAUGGAAGGUUCAUCUAAAAGAAUUGGGCAGUUUUUAUUUGCUCAUUUUCCUAAUUUAAGAAAUUGUCCACUUUAAUCUGAUGUUUACCACUUACCGUCAACUUGAUUCUAAUCUCUCUAUUAUUGGCUAAGGGCCAGUCUAAGAGAAUCUUCCCCCAAAGGAUCUAAUCGCCAUUUCUAGUUCAAGUUCAAGGAGUCAUGCUAGGAAUACUGCAUGUUUUUCUAGAUUCAUUGAAUCUUUAGGUUACAAUCUCCCGCCCUCUCCAAUUCAAAGUAGACAGACUGCAAAUUAUAGUAGUUGCUAAAAAAUAUAUCUACAUGUCCCAACUGUUCGUCAGUAGGAUGCCUAAAAUGCAUGCAAUUCCACAAGUGAGUUACAGAUUUAAUGUUGCAAGAAAAAGUUUCUUGCCCAGCGAGAAAACCUACUUGUCCCGGACUACAAGAUGGGAAUUUUUUCGAGCACUGAAUUGGUAUUUUAGUUCUACUGUGAUGGUAUUUUCCCCUGUAUAUAUAAGAUUUUGUUUAAUGUCAUACCCUUGUUUGUUUGUUUUUGUUUUGUAGGCCACAGUACUACAAAUUAAUAGAAGAGUGCAUCUCUCAGAUUGUGCUACAUCGCAGUGGUGUUGAUCCUGACUUCUCCACUAGAAGAUUUCAAAUUGAAGUAGAUCCUCUCAUAGGUAAUUUCUAAAUUUUGUCUUAUUUGUUGUUAGAUAUGGUAAAUAAUAUGGUUAAUAAUUCUUUUGUAUCUUCUUCUGCUACAUUUAAAUAAUAUUAUUCAUGUGUUCUUUAAUUUCACAGUGUUGGUGUAAAAUGCAUGCAUUUUUUUUUGUAAUUGCUGUCUAAAAGUGUACCUUAUGUUGAACAUGAAUGAGUUCAUAUAUUUCAGUUAUCGCUUGUAACAAAGAAGUUUUAUGCAGCUUUGUUAUUUCACGAAUACUAGUCAAGUUAGGCAUCAAAUAAAAUGCCGAUUCUUUGAAGUUAAACCUUGAAAUUCAGAAGUACUGGUAAUUGCAGUACUAAGUUUUUGAUAUAUAAUAAGGAGCUUAAAACAAAGGUGUUUUUGGGCGAUGGAUGUCAACCAGAAGUGAGGUCUUUUUCCUUUUGAUAUGCCUUGACAGUAUCACAUUUGCAUUGCUAAGUGUCUUUACUCUUAUAGAGACUAUUUGCCUGAAAAUUUGGACAAAACCAAAAUAGGGAACUUAAGCAUCGACAACGAAAGAGACGACAACAAUGAACUUUUCCGUGAAAGGACUGGGUCGAGAAUGUUGCUCAUUGUGGGAAAAUUCGAGAGUUAAGGUUAUGAUUUAGCAUCUUUUAGACCUGUAAACCUUUUUGCUUUGCCAAAAGCUGGAAAACACAAAAAAGAAAGUUUCAUUGCGACUUGCUGGUGCUUGUUCACGAAGACCUAUAUCAAUCGAUUUUCUGGUGUUUUUAGUACAAAAAUACAAAGAACAAAUACGUCGAAAGUCGAAUACGCAAUUGAGGUGAAAUUUCUUUCAGGAAAGUGAAUUUGGGGGGUAAUAAUACAGGUAAAUUUAUUCAAGUUUACUCCUGGACGCCAAUCUGCUGGUUUUCACGUUCUCGACAGCAUGUGGAUGAUGAGCCGAGCAUGUGCAGUAGCGCUUAAGUUGCCUUGGCCACUUCCAGUCGGUCAUCGUUGUCGUCCCAUUAGUCAUCAAUGCUUAAGGUCCCUAAUGUAAAAUGUCCACUUCAGGUUGACACUCGUUGCUUAAAAUGCCUAAUAACUAGUCGUGGUACUAACGUAGAGCUUAGAAUGACCAAUUUGGAUUUAGAGGCAAAAAAUAUGAUUUAUACCAUUAGUCCACCAGACCACUAUAAAAUUUUAACUUAGCCAAACCUUUUUACAGAGGACCUGGCUAAAGAAGCUCAGUAUCAGGAAGCUGCUGAGAAGUCUAUGCAGCUUGAAACCAAGGUAUCUAUAGACCCAUUUUUACAGACACACCAUUUUGUGGAUACAUGUACCUCUAGUCUCAACUACAGGCAGUUUUCUUGGUUAAAAAUCUCAAGUUUUAUGCUAUAAAAUACAGGAAAUCAAACACAAUUGAAAAAGUACUGUAGAAGUUUCAUCUGAAUCUGUUAUGCCAUAAGAUUCCAUCCACAGACUCAAAACUUAUACGUUAGCACUAACUGGUCAUGUUUUGACUUUCUCUCCCCUCUGCGGUCCAGAACAAAGUUUAUCAUAUUAUAAUAGCAUCAACCAGUAUAUUCUUAACUUUCAGCUUGAGCUUGAGACCACAAUGCGACAGGAAUGUGAAGCCAAAUUAACAUUGACAUCAACCAAUUAUGAAACCAAGAUAGCCACACUGGAGAAAGAACUGGAAGAAGUAAGCUAGAUAAUAAAAUAAUUUUAUUGAUCUUAAGUCUAGAGAUUAGUGAAGAGAGCGAAUCUAUUCUUGUAUUUCCAGGGCUGUCACUAUUAGGGUCAGGGUUCAUGGGCUGGGGACCUCCCCAUGCAGAAAUGAGCAUGGCCCCCAUCUACUUUCAUAUAGUAAACAUAAGGAAAAUACAACCAAAAGAACUUCCUAGCCAUUCAAUUCACUGCCUGCUAACUACAUAUACCCAGCAACUGGAAAUAUUAGGCACAGCUCUGUAUUCGUCCAGUAUUUUUGAAGGUGACUGUUGCUUUUUUGUCCAUGAUAUUAUAAAUUAUUAUCAAGUGAAGAGAUGAAAUCCUCUUUGGAGCAUUCUUAACAAUUUUGUACAGUAAUAUGACUAAUUCUAUGAUCUAAGUGAGUAGUAAUGAUAAGAAAAUUGGUGAAUUUUGUAUUUCCCCUGUGUUUGAACAAUACCAAAAUGAUAGAGUCAAAGUUAAUCCAAAUCACUGUCAAACUGGCCUUAACCAAACUGAGUGUGAUCAAAGGUAGGCCAAGCUCUAAACGUUUGACCUUUACGAAAUCUACACACCCGCGUCAUGUAAUUAAUAAGUGUCAAGAUGUUCCAUUUAUAAUAGCAAUAAAUUUUAUGGGGGAGGGGAAAUAUCCGUCUAUGUUGUGGUUCAAUUUUAUCAUUGGUUCAAAUUUUAUUUCCCAUUGUUUUAAACUCAUUAUCAUACAUUACCAUACCCCAAAACAAAGGGAAAUAAAAUUUGAACCAAGGAUAAAAUUGAACCACAACAUCUACACUUGAGUUUCGUAGAAGAUGCCGCUAGAGAUGAAAUUCUAAGGAAUCGCCUCAAACACACAAAGAAAUCGAAAAUGGAGUUUAGGUUAGCAGUUUUUGAAAUUAGGUGUAGUUUUCUCUCCUAGCAGACUGAUUUUUGACCUAAUUACUUGACACUGCAUUCAGCAUUAUACAGUAUAUUCUUUGCAAGGUCAAACUCAUAAAGCUUGGGUAACUUGUGGUGUGAUAAUGAUGUAUUAGGUGUUAGCAGUCAAGUGCUUAAUUUCAACUGUGCUGCUUAUAAGAUAUUGUAAUCUGUGCUGGUGAAAUAGGCAAUAAUGAGACUAAACAAUUUACCUAGUGAAUGAUAAAUGUAAAUGGAUUGAUUGGUUUUUGUUUUAGGCCAAGAAACGAGGUCCUGCAGCAGGUAAGUUUUCCUAAAGGAUUUCUUUUGGUACAUUAGAUUAGAUAUCAAACAUAGGAAAAACAGGAGCAGAAUUCACCUGUCAGGUGACUAAUCAUAGGCAAUUGAAAGGUACCAAACUAACUUCAUUGUAAAAGGAAAAUAUUGCUAAAACUGUUACUUCUUAAAAGAAGUAACUUUUUCCUUUGUUGGUUGUUUUUUUAAAAGAUAUCUUAACGAGUUGAUUCCUACUGUCCCUUGAAAUCACGUGUAACUAAUCUUGCACCAUAUGAACUGAAGUAUUUAUAUUUAAGAAAGAAAUAGAAAACUUGUCCAUUGUUCAAGAAUAAUUUAAAUUCUUGAGGUUCUCUAUUAAAGAAAUAAAUAAGAAGUUGUCCAUUUUCAGACAAUGAAUUUAAUUCUCUUUUCUUGUUUCUGUAUUAACUAUCAGGAGAAUUAACAACUACCCAUUAUAGAGUUUAAUAAUUGAUAAAAAUGUAAAUGUUAAACUAUCGUAAUAUAACCACUUGUUAUUAUACCAUAAAACAAUUUAUAACUACUGAUUUUAAUACAAAAAGCUUAUGUAAUAAAAAAUUGAAACUUAAAAGCAAACUACCGUACAUUUUACGUUAUUAAAACGAAGAAAACUACAACAGUGGAGAUUUUCAUCGUCUUAUAAUAAUGAAAACUUCUAAAUAGUUCUAAUAUAUCUAAAGCCAUCUAUUGGAAAGGUUUUAAAAGCUGUUGAAUAGUUUUUUUUGUUUUAUAUUGUCUAAAACCCCUCUUGUCUUUUUAAACGAUGCCUAAAAUUAGCUAACAGCAGUAAAUUAAUAGUAUGUUGUAUCCUGUGUCUUUCCUUCAGUCAGCCAAUCACAGAGCAGAACUGAGGGAGUCGCUCCACCGCGCUCUCGUGUUUGCUUUAUUCCUUCUUCUUCUUCCUCUUCCACUCCUCCCCCACCCCCUCCCCCUCCUCCACCUCAGCCACCUCCUCUACUGACAAGUGAGUGUCUACUUGAACUUCUACUAGUCUGCUUCACAGCUGUUCUUUGUGUCGUCACGCAACGCUCAAGGAGGAGCGUUGCGUGUCAAUACAAAGAACGGGUGUGAAGCUGACAAUAUUUUGACUAGUAAAAUAGGAGUUGGUAGAAUUUUUUUGAAGAAGUUUUUGCUUGUUUGUGUUCGAUACUCGGUAAGGAACUUAAGUAGAAACGUGUCUCUUAGAAUACUGGUAAAUACUUUGGUCACUGUUAUCAGAAAAAUAAAAUAUCAUGGAGGGAAGGACACUUAAAGAGACUUUUUGUGAAGCUUACAUAAGGUCAUUUCAGGACACAUGAGGACGUUCUAAAGCUUUUAAUCAGCCUUAGUGACACAUGAUUCUGAAUAAAAAAUGAGUUAAAUUUAAACAUUGUAAUUAUAAACUAAAGCGUAAAAGAUAAAUGAAAUGUUAAAAAAACUCAAUAAUAAGUUGUUAUGGUGAAAACUAAAUGUAACACAGUCAUCCAUCUGGAAGCGGUAUUUUUUUAAAACAACGUCUUUGAUAAACAGCUUAGUUUGGGAGUGGAGGAGCUACUCUCAUUUCUAACAAAAGCUCUCUUUGCUUUUCAGGCGGUCCGCCCGCACCUCCACCCCCUCCGGGAGGUGCUGCACCACCUCCACCACCCCCUCCACCGCCACCUGGUGGUGGUGCCCCACCGCCUCCUCCUCCACCGCCUCCACCCGGUGGUGGACCCCCGCCCCCUCCUCCACCACCAUUUCCUGGCGGUGGUCCACCUCCUCCCCCUCCCCCUCCCGGUGGUGGUCCUCCGCCACCUCCACCACCCCCAGGGGGUGCACCCCCUCCACCGUUCCCUGGCAUGGGACCACGCCCUCCAGGGCCUGUUCUUCCUCCCGGUGUGACCCCCAAGAAAAAGUACAAGCAGGAAGUACAGACUAAGAGAGCUAACUGGAAUAAGGUUUGUAACAUUCAUUCUCUACAAACUUCUGUUACCUCUCCCUUAAGAUUCGCAUAUAGGUGCGUGUCCUUUACACUGUGAUAUCUCUAGCUGCCUUUCAAGUUUGUUGGCGUGGCCAAUGCGUUUGACUCAACACAACAACUACAGUCAUGAUGGGGAGAAACUAUUUGACAAUCGUUUUAAAUUGGGCCGACUUUAUGGUUGGUGCUCCUUAAUGAAGUUUGUUUGAUAUCUUCUUACGUAACUGCACAGGAGCAUUUUGUGUUUGGGUAAAGGCGCUAAGUAAUGACUUCCGCACAGAACUGACUUAAAACCACAAUAUCCUCGUGACAUGGCUCCUUUAAAUCUACCCUGCAUAGCAGGCACUUGGAAGUAAUAUGCGCCCACUACUUUCUAGCGCUUUGUACGUAGGCUACUCUAAAUCUUAAAUGAUUAUGGGUAAAAGCAAUUUUUCUGUAUUAUUUUUUGUAAUAAACUCGUUUGUUUUUUUUUUUUCUUUUUAACAGAUAAACAUGAGGAACUUCACUGAAAAUACUUUUUGGGCAAAAGCGAAAGAAGAAAAGUUGGAAAAGCCGGGCUUAUUUGCUGAGCUGACCAAGAACUUUGCCGCAAGAAGCGCUCCACAGAAAACCCAAAGCGGGGAAUCACUGGAUGGAAAGGCAGCUACAAAGAAAAAAGGAAAAGACCUCAAAGUUAUCGACCCAAAAAGCGCACAGAACCUUUGUAAGUGCAACAGAAGUUGUUUGUUCGUGUGUUUGUGUUGCUUAAAGUAAACGAAAAUUGGCUUUAGUGUUAAAGAAAUACUGACACGUCAAUCUUAGAACAUUCCAUUCCUAGCAAUGUGUAGGAUGUUUUUCACGUGAACCUAGUUUAGUGGCCUUAGCUCCCACAAGUCAGCUCAGCUCAGUGAUAGAUGGACUUUGGACUAGUAACCAGAAGGUCAUAGGUUUGAUUCCUAUUGGGAGUAUUCGGAUUUAUUAUUGCGCUGCCUCUGGCCCAAUCAAAAAAUGAGUCGCGUCUAUGUCGAAAAAAAGACAAAAUGGCGGACAAAUCUCCCAGAAGGCGUUGCUUGUCCUAUUCUCCUUACAGUGGGACCGACUUCUGAGUGAAGGGAGCCACUACUUCUUUACCAUGAUUUUCCAUUCAUUGGAAGCCAAACCAAGUGUUUUUUUUUAUAGUUCAUACUCGGUAUAGGAGGAGCUAUAAACUCAGCGUAGAAAAUAUUUUAAACCACUGCAGCACAAAACACGCGUAGUAUGCAAGUCUUGUUUCUUAAGUCUCCGGUGUCACUGAAUAAAGAAACGUCACUGUCAAACUGGGCCAGGUUGUUCGAAACGUGGACAGCGCUAUCUGCUGGAUAGAUUUUUAUCCAAUGAAUACAGUAAUUGGUGUCCCAAAUUCUUAUCCGCUUUUGAACAACUGGGGCCCGAACUAAGCUUAGGCACCUAUGAGUUGUUUAUCAAAGUGUAUGACUGAAAAUCCACCAGGGAAUAUCCUCUGAUGCAAAAGCAAUCAACAGUCAACUUGAACAUCACUAGGUCAGACCAUUUGGGUGUUUGCAUGCAAGUACAUUAAAAACCUGAGACCACGAACCCGCUUGACUAAAAUUUGCCUGUCAGUUAGCCCCCCUCUAUACAAGAACCUGUUAAGCCUAAAAUUUGGAACAAGUUCUUAUUUCUAAACCCUGUAAAAAAAAGUUCUGUACACUUGGGCAAAUAAGAUUAGUCAACAUUCAGAAUCCUCUUUGGAUAUAUGUGUCUUAUCCCUCCAACUGCAAUAUAAUGAUACGCAGAUAAUAUGUAAGGAAUAAGCUGGAUACAACGAAAAACUCUUAGCUUAAUAUUGUAUUCUUUCCUUCAGAAAAUAAGAACCUAUCUAAGAACCUAAAUAGCCUAAAUUUGUGCUGAUUAGCGUCUAUGUAAGAACCUGUUUAGGGUAACUUGGGAAAAUGCCGGUAUUUAGUGGCGGGUUUUUGCUAUAUGUGCAAGAGUUGAGCUUGGAUUAGCAGCUUAUAGUGUGAGGCGAACAAAUAAGCUAGGACUUCUGGCAAAAUUCUGGGAUGCUAACUGUUAUUUCUUACUAUUUCGUUACACAGCAAUUUUCCUUGGCUCACUUAAAUUAUCUCACCACGAAGUCAAGAAGUUGAUUUUAAAUUGUGACCAGACCGUUUUAACAGAGAGUGCGAUCAAUUCUUUACUGAAGUAUCUACCCUCUGCAGACCAGGUGAGCCGGCAAAUCUAGUUGAAGUCACGAGAAUUCUCCUAAAAAAUUUUUGUUUUUGAAGGCACCUUUAUUCAUUCAAGUUCGAAGGCAAACCAUAAGCAGUGGUUUUUGAGCGAUUUUCGCAAGUAGCACAGCGAAAGCGCUGGUCCAACUUGUUAAAAUUGGUGUUUUUUCUUCCUAUCUGUCCUUAUCCAAAGACACCUUCAAACAGUUUUAUUUGCUAGCGAUAGAAACGCAAGACUAGGCCUCUACUACUAUUACUCCAUUUAUACAUAGGUUUCUGUAUUUUUAGUGUAAGUGCAUGGGUCCGCAUGUUUUUUUGUGUGUAAUAAGCGACCUUGCGAAACUGCAACGGCGAAGAAGGAACUUUAAAGACUGAAACUCUUUUGUGAGUUUCCUUUGCCUUCCUCAGUCACAACGAAGUGAAUUUACCAAGAUGUAAAUUUCCUUGAGAACUUGAGUGGCGAUGCAAUAGAAUACUAAAAUGGGUCUCCACUUGAGACGAGUGGAAUAGCCGCGAUAAAGUUUGAAUUGAAAGAAAGCGAAGGCAGUUUUCAGUGACGUUUUCUAUGCCGUUGCCGUUUUCGUAUCGUACCUCCCUUUGCUUGAGAGCAGACUUUCGAGGGCGAAACCACAACGGGAUGAAGCAGCAGCAAAUGACACUGACGUAUUUUUCCUUUAUUCCUCCAGAUGCAACAACUUGGAAACAUGAAGGAUAAUUUCGAUGAUCUGAGUGAUCCUGAACAGUUUGCUUGUUUGGUAAAUGCUCGUCAAUGUGUUUUUAUAAACAUAAAAAAGAAAAUUUUGAGACUCAGAGGCAUUGUCUGUUUUCUGUGGAGUACAUCUAGUACAGUGUAAAUCCCGUUUAUCUGAAACUUGUUUACUAAAAACAUGCGUAAAAGCUCGUCGUUAGUUUCUGAACCUUUUUGGUGUAGCGAGCCCGAGACAGUAAAAACCUGGAAGCACUGAUAAAGCUUUGCAUUUGACGUUAUUUACAUUAUAUAUGAUCAGUGCAUUUUCCCCUUAUUUCGGUUGAACUGACUUUUAAACUGUUGUCAUUUUAGCUAAGCGGAAUCAAAAAGUUGGAAUCUAGAUUAAACAUGAUUCUCUUCAAGAUGAAGUUUCCGGAAGAUAUGCAAGAUAUAAAACCGGUAAGCUCGUUGCUUCCUAGCGUUAGGUUCGACACAUUUCAAGCGUUGGAGCUUUCAGCAAAAUACUUGCAGAGAGUAGUUGUAUCUUGAUGCACCUUGCGUGCAGACUUCUACAAAAGAAAAACGAGACGUUUGCGGGCAGGCUUAUCUUGAAGGAUAAUGAGCAAAGUUCUGUUUUGAAAACAGGCUUCGAAUCGCUGUAGUAACUGUAAGCUAAUUUCCCAGCAACUCGAAUCGAUGUCAAUAUAAUUUAUUUUUCGUAGGAAAAACAUUUUUUGGUUGUAUUUGUUUUACCCAUUGCUUCUCCUUGCUGUUGGCUUCGCAGUAUAUUAUCCAUUCAGAAGCUGAAACGCGAAAAUAAAACAACUCUGGCCGCUUUCAAGCAAUUUCCCGCGCUUUCCGCGGGCUGUGUGAAUUGCUCUGAACUCUCAUUGGUUCAAUUAAUAGUUAAUGAGAUUUCUGAUUGGCUGAAGGUAUUACUUUGGUUUCAAUUGUGUGAAAUAGACAAGAGAAAGGCAUUGUAAACAAGAGUUGCCUUUUUCUAAUAGCUCUUAACCACUAGAAAACAAACAGAAUGACUUGAGCUAUUUUAAAAAAUGUCUGAGGAAAAAAACCGGUAAAGCUGGUGGGCAACCACGUUUGGUCUGAAGAACAGAAGUGCGGCAGUUAUCGCGAAAUUUCUUUCGAAUUUUGAUUGAUACCCACCAUAUAUUAAUCAUAUUCGAUUUAUUUUUUUUGUAGAGUGUCGUCAAUGCAACUGCAGCGUGUCGGGAGGUGAAAACCAGCCCUAAAUUCGCCAAGUUCCUGGAACUAGUGCUUCUCAUGGGUAACUACAUGAACGCUGGCUCAAGAAACGAAGGCUCAAUGGGAUUUGAAAUGAAUUAUCUCACCAAAGUAAGUUAUUCACAUCAAUCAGUCAAUUUAUUAAUGUCAUAGCGUAGGAUAGGGCUGCUUCGAAUAUCCGAAGGGUCAUUUGUCUACUGUAUUGACAAAAAGUAAUGUAAUUAAAAAUGAAAUGUAAAAAGUACUCAAAUUUUGUUUAAAUAUAAGCUUUACAGUAACAACAGGUGUUUAUUUAUGCGCUUUUUGCCUGUACGCGUUUACAUGAUUCAAGCUCUCAUUUUUCAGCGAUUCUGCAUAAACUCUCGAAAAAGGUCACUGAAAUUUAACACAAGGCUUCUGUAAAGCAGUUGCAUCAAUUUUUGGCGUGAAAAAGUGUUCGAAGCCUGUCGCGAUCAACUCGAUUGCCCUUCUUUUUGGCGAUUGCACUAUCAAGAAAAUCCAGACUAUUGUAUGAAAGCCAAGUUUAUAUAGACCCGCAAAUGAUUGGGGCGAUCGUCGUAGAGGGGAUUUCGAGCAUUGCCUCAAUUAUCCUAAUCGUCCCGCAUCACGUCAGAGAGUUUCCAUACAAUGAUCUCGAUCGCCUGAACAUAUUUUGAGACGCCUCGAGCGGUAGAGACUAUCCUGGUGAUCAAAAUUAUUCUUCUCAAACGUAAACAGCACAAGUUUGUGUGCGCUAUAACCUUAAUUUCAAGUAUCUUUGUGUUUGUAUUUUUUACACCACUUUCUGUCGUCAUUUUCAGUUUUAAUGCACAGUAGCAUUGCAACGAUCAAACAUUUUUUUGCUUUGCAGUUAAGUUCAACGAAAUCAGUAGACGGGCAGGCCACGCUGGUGCAUUUUCUUGAAGAUAUAAUUGAAACAAAAUAUCCAGAGAUUUCAGGCUUUGAGAAUGAGUUGACCCAUGUAGAACAAGCGGCGAGAGGUAAGUCAACCCCACCACGUUUAUAAUUUUCGUCAAAGCAAAAAGACUAUGAUACCAUUUGAAAAUAACAUGUUUUCAGCGUUUCCCUAUGUGAAACUGAUCGCGAUUACGACAUCAGUCAAAAGGGCACUAAUUUAGUGAAUUCUUGUUUUUUUUUUGUUUUUUUCAAAUUUCUUCCCAAUUUUCCUAACUUGCGAAUUUCCUUGAAGUUGAAUUGUUACGAUUCAUAUGCAAAGUGGAGAAUAGAUAGGAAAAAACUUGUCGUCGUGUGUUCACACCCCCUUGUGAAACGUAGUUUUGCAGAGGAGUUAUGCAGGUGCAGUUGUUUUGCUGAUCAAGUCUGAUUUGUUGUUGGUAACGUCGCUGUUGCUUAAGUCUUGUAAUUCUGUAAGCUCCCUCUAAAGCCACGAAGUAUGCUCUUUGUUCGUCCGUCCGUCCGUUCGUUUGAUUGUUUAUUUGUUUGUUGGUAGGCCGUUUUGAUCUAUUUCUCGUAAGUAGUGCUGCCAAAGAGAUCGUCUGCCCACUAACUGAUAUUACCCAGCAAAGGCUGCACUACUGUGGACGUCAAAUGUGUUAGGACCUUUUAAGUGAUAUUAGUAAAACUAAUGACGUGCCUCCACCCACCCAAAACAAUGUUGAAUUUGAGCAAAAAGGGUGAAAUUGAGUCCUCAGCGCAACAUUGCAGGAUUGGACAGUGUGUGUGUGUGUGUCUAUGGGUGGGGGUGGGGGUGGGGUCGAAGAGAUGAACCCAAAUCCGAUCAAAGUAUUGCCAGUUGGAGCAGAGUCCUAUAUAACUAGGCAGAUUUCCACAGUGUCUCAAGUUCUUUUGACUUUCAUUGUAGCAUACCAAUUUAGUAUCCAAACACAUUUCAGCCACAAGUAUAAAAAACUGAAGGGUUCCGGUUAACGUCCUAUAACUAGGCUCCCAUAUUUCCUUCCUUUACGUUUUCAUGUUACAGCCAAAGUUGAUUUUCAUAUUUUUUUUGUAUUUAGUGUCGGACGAGAUUCUGCAGAAGUCGAUCAAUUCCAUGCAAGGAAACUUAAAGAAGCUUGAAAAAGAAUUAGAAACUUACAAGCCACUUAACGACCCGGAGGAUAAGUUCCUGACUGUUAUGAAGAUAUCCUUUCUUACAUUCUUUGACUUUCUUUGAACGGUUCUUGUGCACCAUAUAAUGACAUUAAGUGAAACAGAAAAGUACAGCUUAGUAGCUCCAAUUUGAAUGGUAGCAGCUCAAGAUUUCAGCCACAGACUCAAAAGGUAGAACCACCUUGCACAGCAUAAUAUACAGUACCACAGGAAAGUAUUGCUCAGAAACUUUCAUUUAAAUGGUCACACUUUAGGAUUUCAUCCACAGACUCGAGAGAUAGAACCACCUUGUAUAGAAUAGCAAACAGUACCACAGGAAACUACUGCUCAGUAGCUUUCAUUUGAAUGGUCACACUUUAAGAUUUCAUCCACAGACUCAAAAGGUAGAACCACCUUGUACAGAAUAAUGAAAAGUACCGCAGGAAAGUUUCAUCUCAGUUUUUCCUUCAUGCCCCCAAAUGCAUAACAUGAUCAGAUGCAGUUCUUUUCCUUAACUGCGCGCACGGUUUUUAUAGCAGCGCCAAGGAUCAAAUCGAUGUUCUUGUUGAGAUGCACAAAAACAUGACCACAAUGUACAAGGAACUCGUCGAAUUUUUCUGUUUGGACAUUAAGAAGACAUCCAUGGAAGAGUUUUUUGGUGAUAUCAAAACCUUCUUGGACGCCUUCGAGGUAAAUCAAUGAAAUUCGAGGUGAUAUAUUGGCAUGUAACGCGCGUUGACCUGUAAAAGCAUAGCUUCUUAAAUCUGUUUUCUUCGCCCGCACAAGUGCAUGUAGCUGUUAUACACCGUGCUGUUCGAUUUCUUCGCAGAAAGCGAAAAAGGAGAAUGCCAAAAGAAAGGAAAAAGAAGAAAAGGAUCGAAAAGCGAAAGAAAGAGCGGUAAGAAAAUAAUUCCCCUAAGUUUUCUUGUUUAGUUGAUUUUUUUUUUGUUUCCCUUUAUAAUUCAUCAGGACUAAAAUAGUCACUCAUGGAAAACUUUACUUCACCUGAUUUGCGGCAGAAUAUCGCAACGCCUGUGCAAUGAUUUUCUUAGGAAAAUUUUGAAGUUCAUUUUAAGUGGUUGUGUGUACUCUUGAAAACUAUCGUCAUUUUGAUAUUGUAAGAGUAAUUGCGAAAGUAGCUUGUAUCAUUUAUGUAGACCCUUGUACACUUUCCCGCGUUUGACUGACGUACGUUCUUGUCAAAAUAUGAUUGGUUCGUUAAAGUGUUUUGUGAAUUACAAAUGUGAGUGCUUAGCUCAGCUCUACACCAGGGUUUUAAGAGUCUUUUUUUCCGCAGGAAAAAGAAAAAGAAAGGAAAAAGCGCAUGGAGGCAGAGAAAUCCAAGAGAAAACCUGUUGUCGACAUGAGUGCAGGUUCGUAAAGUGUUUAUGUUCUUAAAAAUCUUUAUGGUGAAACAGGUGCUCUUUCAUGAUCGGUAAGGUUAUCGGUCUAGACCAAUUGUUUUAGUUAACGGUAUUGUAUUGUUGUCCUACAAAUUGUUUUCUUUUGUAGAUGAUGACCAAGAGGGAGUGUUGGACGGACUAAUGGAAGCUCUUAACACAGGAUCUGCGUUUAGAGAUCCCUCAAGACCCGCAAGGAAGAAGGCAGGAGGCAAGAAAGGUGAGAUCACGCUAGUCACGCAACCUGUCUCUCGUCAUGUGAUACUGCCACAAAAUGUGCUAACGUAAUCAAUUGUCUAAAAGUUUGUUUCUGUUACACAGAGCAGUAUGUUAUUUGUUUUGCAAGAUUUUUUUUUCCACAGUAGGACAUUUACAACUUUCAAAAACCCUCACUUCAAAACCUAGGCAAGGGGUAGAACUUUUGAUGUGAAAAUGAGUCAUAUCUAAAUGAGGGAUGGAAAAUAGUUUUUGAUAACAAAGGCAUCGCACUUAUCCUGGUGAUCGUUUAGGGUAACUCGAAAAUAGCCCAGGGUUCCACACUGGUUAACACUGAAACACUUUUUUGACCUCAACAGCUCGACCUGUUGACUUGAUGCGCUCGCGAACUCGCACAAAUAUACCAGUGCAAAAAAUAAUGGAGGCCCAAGACAUGAUCGAUCAAAAGCAUCACUCGGUUAAUAUUCCUGUGGAUGAUCAACCAGUUCCUCCCUCGAGAAAUCGUCCAAGAAGAGACGACAGGAGAGGUGGCGAAAAAAAUGAGGUACAAUUAGAAAACGAGGCUCACGACAUUUUGGAGAGAUUAAAGAAGUUAUGAGCUUUCGAGGUGUGGUGUCCAGUGGGUCUAAAUAAGAAACCUGCGCACGCAUACUACCGCUGUAUGAAAUCAGGGAUUUGGUCAGAAAAAACUGAACAGCGACAGACAAUUUGCAAGGAUCAGAAAUGUUGGCUUUAAUGGUGCGUAAAUUAAAUUUUAUUGUAACAUUUUUUGUAAGUGAUUAUCAUCAAUCCCUGGAUCUAUUAUAAGAGCUAUUUAAAGUAAAUAUUACGCCAAAGGCGUAACUGACUAGACUUUGACAGCGGUCAAGCGUGCAACGCAUGCCCAGUAGCUAAGCCAGGCGCAGUAAGUAAAAUACCAGAUCUAGUGAAGAAUUCUCGCUAAGGUGUAUUGCGACUCACACUCACAAAGAAUACUCCUAGAUUUUAACUUAGGUUUAGUAACUGUUAGCAAGCUUGUCUGUUCUUAGUUAAAGGUAUGGUGAUCAUCUUUUCCCAUGACUUUCUUCCGAGAUGCUCGUCGUAUUUUAUUUUUAGUAUGAAUAGAGCCGUUUGCACCAGACGUAUUGUCCAAUUUUUUUUUUUAAAUACCCUUUUUGCGGGUAAUGCUUCGCGCGACAAAUCACCAUGAAAUCUUCGUUUUACUCGUGAGAUUUUUAAAUAGCGCUGAAAAUCACAGUAAAAAUGAAUCGGAAGUGGCAUUGACUGAGGCGUUUGACCGCUCUGUGCAAUGACUGCUCUCAGCUUCGUAAUUUUAAAGUAACUUCUAAAGUGGGCGAAAUAGACACCUGCUUGCAAGAGCAAGAGUUUAUUUUUAGAAGAAAUACACGGUGUUAAAACUACUUAUCUGUCCAGACCAACAUUGAAAAGACUACAUACUUGUUAAGUAUUUUGUGAAAAUGUAGCUUCUUGUAAUCAAAAUUGGCUGUAUUGAGUUAUUAUUUUACGCCAUAGGAGUGUAAAUUUCUUAGUGGCAAAAUAAUUAUACUGUCUGUAUGGGUAAAAAUCUAAACCGGAAUUGUAACGUAAGUGGGGCAAAAAUACAUCUUUUAUUAAUAACUGAUAAAUCGCUGGCAACUUAUUGUUGUUGCUGUAAAGGAAGGUGUAGGAAAUAGUUUUAGAAAUCAAGGUUUUUUUUUUCGUUCGUACUCACAUGCAGAAACGUUGGUAUUCUUGACAUUUUAUACAGUAAGAACCCGUACCCAUUUAAGGACACCCAAGUUUCGCUAGAGGCUAAAAUCGCUCUUUACAAGGAUAGAGAGUUGCUCUUAAAAUUCUCUCUUGAUGGUGUAUGUUCGGCCAAAUUUCUGCUUGGGGGUCCUUAAUCCCCAGUUUCUUGUGUGCGGGUUUUUACUAUGUUUGUGAAUAUUUGGAAGUUGCGUAGUCCUUGAAAGAUUGCGAUUGAAGCGCAGCCGUAUUUUUUUUUAACAUCGACAGCUGUUUUAGUAUUUAUUUGCGUAACGUAUUCUUCACUGUUUAAUUUAUGGAGUUACUCCAUGGUUAUAGUCAGGAUCUCAACCUUAAGAUUUUAACCCAUGAUUGGGUUUCAUUUCUUGUGGAUUUACGUUCUGUAACUGGAUCUCUGGGUAAAGAUUCAACAAUAUUUUUAUAAACUCCAGUUACCUAUUCGGCCUAGAAAAGAAAAUAGAGAAGUUAAGCAUCACGUUUACGUCAAACGGCAAACACGAAUUUGUACCACGUGACCAAGUUUCCUCUUAACUUGUCGUUUACUGUUCAUUAUUUCUACACCUGAAUUAAUAGUUUCACGCAAUUUCUUAUCCAUAAGAAUUGUUUUGAGCUGUUUUUAUCUGCUUUUUUUCGAUUUUGAGAAAUUCUCAAUUUGAAUCUGACGUUUGACGUUUGCCGUUUACGUGAAGCUUAAACUCUCUGAUCGGAACACGUGCUACCACGCUAUCUUUUUUAACCCUAGGUUAAAUGAAGUCUUAACACAAGUAAUCCGGGCGGGCCCUGUGCUCCUAUGUGACUAUCUCACAGGAGGUCCCCAGGUUCCACUCUUUCUCUAUUCCUUUCCUUCUUUGCCUUCCUCCCUCCCUACUUCCCAGUUACAGAAAACGGCAGCAAUUAGUUUUCUGUGCAGCUGUUAUUUAAACGUCACGCAACGCUAACUUUAGAGAGAAGCGUUGCGUGACAAACAAAUAGAUGGCUCAUGGUACUUUAUAAAAUAACUAAGAUAGUACGCGCGUUUUGAUUGGUUAAAAACCAAUGGUUUAUUUUGCCGGUAAACUCAUAGUUUUAAUUAAAGUUAUUUUAUAAAAGCAAUAGACCACACUUUCUAAGGGUUUACC